AUGAGUGAUGAUACGCAACGCAGUGUGAUUUUCCGCCAUUCCACAUUCAAUACUGGCGCACUUUGCAAAAUGGCCACUGCAUCCCGGAACGAGAUACCUUGCUCCUGUGACCCAACCCAAGAGCCAAUGGAAGGUAGUUUCAAUUGGGCAGUAACUGUCCAAUUUGAGGACGGUGUUGAAUGGAUCAUGCGGUCACCUAGAUCUGAUUAUGGCCAAUUUCCUAGUGAAUUGAGCGGGAAACUUCUUGCGAGUGAAGCUAUAACACUAAAGCACCUCAAACAAGUUACGGACAUUCCCAUCCCAAAGGUUUACUCAUAUAGUGCAUCCUCCAACAAUCCAAUCGGCGUUGCAUAUAUUUUGAUGAGCAAAGCGCAAGGAUGGCCUCUUAGAAAUGUCUGGACAAGCAAUCCUUCAACAGACCGUCUAAGUUCAGUCGAUAAAGCGAAAGUCAUGUCCCAAUUAGGUCAAAUUACGUGGAAUCUUGCUCAAGUUCGUUUCGACCGCAUUGGCUCGCUUUUCGAAGAAGAUGGUGAUAUCAAAAUAGGGCAAUGCAUGUCUCGGGGUCAUGUUCUCCACCAACGUUAUUCUUUAGACGAGAUUCCUCGUGGCCCUUUUGCUACAGAGUCUGAGUUCUACGAUAGUCUCACAACUGCCAUGAUACAUCAUGCAGAGUCUCUCCCGCUUAGACCCCACUGCUUCGUUGCUCCCAUACCUUCUCGCGAGGACUACGAAAAUGAUGCUGCCCACCGGGAUGCCUCUGAUCUAUGGAACGGCUUUAAGGCCCUCGGGGAUAAGAUUGAUUCCGCAGAGAAUCGGUUGGACUACAUCCUUGUAGCGGAUGCCAUCAAAGAUAUCAUUGCAGAGCGGACAAAUAGCCAUCCGACACACACGUUACCGGAUCCUUUUCCUCUCCACCACCCCGAUUUAAGCGUCAACAACAUCUUCAUUGACGAUGAUUUCAACAUCACAUCAAUAAUCGAUUGGUCAUUUUGUUCUUCCGUCCCGCUUGCGGUCUUAUUAGCUCCUCCUGGGCUCCCACCAUCCCGACAUGCACUUAGCGAGGAUCUUACCAAGGCCUUUAGAGAAGGUUAUAAGUCGGCAUCUCGCCCAAAUUCUCUUAGCAAAAGGCAGCCGUUUCUUUCCUCCGACGAACUCACCAUUCUAGAGGAUAGCGAGUUUUCCUGGGCUCUUAUCAGACUUCUUACCUUUGAUUCGACGGAUGAUUUGCGACUUUUCCGCACCCUUUGGAAUACAGUUCAUUCUGACUGUGAUCUUGAGACUUUUAUAACCUCACGGAGACUUUUACCGCAUUAUGUGCGACUAUACGAAGAAGUGCAUGCAGAAGACAGGCCCUUUUCUGAGGUCCAGAAAUGGGAGAAGGAUUAUUUUGGGAAUGCCAUAGGUUUCACUAUAGCGCGAAAUCUCACUAUGGUUUCGAAUUGGGGGUUCCGCUAUAAACCGCAUUUAAAUCGUUUUAAGAAUGCGAAGAUGUUCAUUGCAGACCGGAAACUAUGGACGUGGGUUUCGAGAGCUAAAGAGCAGCGCGAUUUAUGA